AUGGCGAAGCAGAGACUUACAGUUACUUCCUGGGCUGAAGGUAAGGGUCGGGUCGACCCCGCAGCUCUGCCACCAGCGUGGCGCCCCUCCUUCUCGCGCCGAGCCGGUGACCUCAGGUACUCUCUCCGCCCCACCCACCUGGGCGGGCGCCCCUUCCUCGGUGGCCCGGGUUCGCCCACCAGGCAGAGGCAGCUGGGGCCCUGGGUGCGCACUGGAGGCCCGCGGGGAAGGCAGCGGGAGCUGGAGGUGCCUGCGGCGGGGCUCACACUAGGCAGGCGCCCCCAUCCCUCUCUGGCCGCCGCGCCGCCUCACUCAGGGGAGGGGAAGAGGGGGCGGUGGCUCUUGCCUCCGCCUCGCGGUCAGGUCCGGCUCAUGCUCCAGCCGUGCGCGCGCGCAGCCCGGACCGCCCUCUUCCCCUCCCCGCCUCUGGCUCAACCGCAGGCGCGCCCGCUGCCGCCGCCGCCACCACCUCAGUCCCCGAUCCGCCGGCCACCAGCCCCAGAUAGCCUGCAGCCCAAGAGAGAAGCAGCAGCUCAGCCGCCGGGCCGCCGACCCGGAAGUUCUUCUGCCGCCAAACGCGAGGCUGCAAGGGGGGGUGUGAACCCGGAAGCGAUUUCCUCGCCCCGGUAGCGGCGGAAUGGAAAGCUAAAGGCCUUUAAAGACCUGGAAUCUCCUGGUUUCGGGAGGUGGUGAGGGGUGUGUGGCUCUGAGCUGCGAGGACAGUAAAGGACAAUAAAGAGCCUGUGGGCAAGAGGCUCUCCGAGUCCAGAGAUCGUAGCUUUGGAGGUGCGGGUUAGGGACC